GACACCACAAGACUCACUCACAUACUCAGUCCGGCAAGCACCCUGAAGCACAACAAGGCUCCUUCUCUCCUUCUCUCACAUACACUUGUGUGGAAGGCAGUAUGAAGUUAUUCUGCCAAUAUGUCUAAAACAGGAUUUAAUCCAAGCAGCACACCUUUCUGGGACAUUUCAACAAUCCAAACACUCAAUUAAGAAGGAAGAUCAUUCAACACUACGGUAUGAGGCGUGCUUGAAUAAGCCGUAGAGGAGUUCUGUUCCUCUGGUCAAUCAAAGCUGCUGAAGUUGUGGACGUGCAAAAUGAGUCUUAAGAAGAGGAAGUCAAGCACAGUGUUCAACUGGCAAAAGUCUUUUGCCAUCCUUGCACCAUGGAGAAAAGGCAAAGGGGAUAUGGUGGAUGAGAAUGAGGUCGUACUGACAAAGAUGAAGUUCCUCAAUAACUUUCCUGAGAAACUCCUAAAUGUUGAAGAUUCCAUUUCAACCAUUUCAAAUUCAAUGUCUGAGCAGGAUAACUCUGAGCCUCUCCAGGCCUAUGAGGUGAUCUCCAUCCACAGUGCUGCUCCUGAGCCAGCAGUACCUGAAUCAAAAACAGACUAUCUAUCUACAAUUUUUACAGAUACUACACUUCCUAGGUUGUACAAAUUUGAAUCGGAGGACUCUGGGGUAGAAAUGACUAGUGGAGCAACUUCCCCAUCCACCCCUACAGGUUCAGAGCAAAGCUUUGCUGUCCACAGUAGAGAGUCUUCAUGUGGCUCUGGUAACAUGAACAGUCUUGUACCAGGCAAGAGUCCUCUUGAAGAAAUUUCAGACUCUUUGGAAACUGAACAAACAUCUUGUAUUUGUAUUGAACGAGAUACUCUUGCCAUUCUUGGAGAUAGAAUAGAAGAUCAGGAUGCUGCUGAUGAUUUAAUGGACAUCACAGCAGAUUCAGAGAGGUCCGAGGACAGAAUCCUGAGGUACACCAGAAAGCACUGCAAGAAUGGCAUUGAGAACAUUGCAGAACAGGAGACAAUACCAGAGACUGCAAUGGCUGAGGACAGAAAGUCAAGGAACCAAUUUUCUAUUGAAGCUUGUGAUGGCAAAACAGGACCCGAAUUACAACAAAAGACCUUGAGGAAAAGUACAACGAGUGACAGUCUGGAUGAGUACAUGGAAGAGUGCUGCAGACUAAGUGAGGUGAAUCAGGCCAAUCAGUCCAAUCCACUGGGCUCUGGACUGGGAUACCUGGAGCACAUCUGUCAGCUCAUAGAAAAGAUUGGGCAGCUACAGGAACACAACCUCCGACUACAGAAACAGGUCUGUGGCCUCCAGAAGGAAGGCAGAGUGAUCAAAACUAAAGAGGACUUUUUCCUGCAGCACUGUAGCUGUGGAGCAGCCAGUCUGGCCUUUCAGGAACUUAGGAGACACUUUCGCAGUGACCACUACAGCCUGACGGCAUCAAAUGGCACGCUGUCCGACCUCACCACAAUCCCUGAGGUUACACACAUCCCCCUCAGGGCAGCCAUGAGAGAUGGUGAAGUGGACUGCCAAUCAGCUCUUCCCUCCUGGAAGCGAGAUCUGAACAGGAGGAGCUACACAGAAGGAGAGGCCAAGUUCCUGAGUGACAGUGCUGAGGUCCUCUCUGCUCCUCACAGACGACAGUUGAGUGAGAACUAUACUUGGGGAAGAGUGAAGGAACUGGUAAAGAUGACCAAAUUGAGGAACCAGAGCAGGCUGGGAUUAUCAUCUAGCUCCCUGAAGAGAUCCUGUCCACAGCUCUACCGACCUGAUAUGAUGUCGGCAGAGCGGCCCAGGAUAAAUCGGAACUCCAUGAUCACUCUGGGCCAUCACAAACUGAACUAUCUUUGGCCCCAGUAGUAUCAUUCCGACAAUGAGCAGAUGGCCUGCACUGUGGCAGCUUUUCCAUAAAAUGAAGCACAAAGUGAGGAUUUUUGGGCAUAAAGAGUGCAUGAGGUGAAAAGCUGAGAAAAUGAACCUGAUUGGAUGAGUAAUGAUGGAAAAAAAAUGUUGGGAUUGUUUGUACAUAGGAGACAUGUUUAUAUGUUGGUGGAAAUGUAAAGUUGACCCAAUGAUGGGGCUUGUUUGUACGACAUGGCAUUUCUAUACAUGUCAUUUAUUCAUAUGUAAAAAGCACUCAUUAGCUAAAUCAACUAAUGAAACACCAUUAAAGGCUACAAAGACAAGCAUUUUAAGAAUGCGAUUUCAGACAAAGGGAAUAAUGGCAUACAGUACUCUAUUGUAAAUAUCUUUUAUGGAACAAUUUAUCAGAUGUACCAUUUGUAAAAUAGUUGCAAUAAACUCUGAUGACAACAAAUGUUGAACAUGCAUGAUAUACCUAUGAUACAGAUACUUCUUGGAGAAGAAUUUGACUUUGGACCACUAUUAUAACUGCCUUGUGUAAGUGUGUAUAUACAUAUGUCACAAAUAUGUGCUUUGAAUCAAUGAAUCAUGGAACAUUUGUAUGCAUGAAAGUCGAAAAGGGGCACUCCCAUGUCUGAAUUCCUACAUGCACAGUCAUAUAUAAUUUUAAUGAUGGGGCUUAUGAUAACACAUACUUGACACAUCCUGUAUGCUGCUCGCCUAUCUGAUGUUAUAUAAUGUUAGUGACCUUUCUCCUCCCUAAACAUUAAGGAAUGCAAAGUGUAUGAACCUGAAAUAUAAUCUUUAACUAUGAUUUUACAAAUGCCCCUCCAGAUGCCUAGGAAAUAUCAGUCUAAAGAUACAGUAUAAACUGUCCCAAUUAAAAAGUAUCAAAUACAAGACAAUGUGAUAAAUGCUUUUACUCAACUAAGUGUAAUGUUUUAUGCUUGGAUAGAAAACUACAGGCUAGAAGCAAUGCACUCUACUGUAUAAUACCAACAUAUGGGUUGUACGGCUAAUCCACAGUAAAACCAACAAGUUAAGCUCAGAAAGUGAGAAAUGCUUCAUUUUAUCUGAGUGUUGUGUACUAUUGUAGUGCUGUCUUUGUUGCAAGUUGAGUGAGUGAGGUACUAAAAGUCUGAUGUGUAGCCUGGAUAAAGUCUAUUAAUUAAAUUAUUUUACAGACCACUUGCAAUCUUCCAUGAGAAACAUGUGAAACAUUUUCUAAUGAAAGAGCAUAAACGUUUGUAACAUGAUAUUGCUUUGGCCAGGCAAGUGUAACACAAAGUGGCCUUUUUUAUGUGCGCUUGACAAAUUGUUUUAUACAUUAGUCAGUGUUUUCUCCUAAGCAAGAGGUGUCAAUCAGUGUGUAAAAUGAAUGAGAGCUGAUGUAAAGAAACCUUCUUGUCUGUCAGGACAGAAGACAAGACAAAGGAUUUGUAUACAGUAUGUCUUUUGUAUUGUAGCGUACCAAAUGGAUGGAAUAAUUCAAUAUGCAUAUUGUGUUGUUUUUCAAAGUUAUUUUUAAUAAAUAAAAUUUGAUAUUU